AUACACUUGACAACAGUUAGUAAAAUAAUGCAUUAAUAUUGAGAUAUUUAUCGUAUUACAUUUGGCAAUUAUACCUACUUCCUGCAUACCAAACUUGGCCAUUUCCGACUUUCAUCUGCGGUGGAGAAAUGGAAAGAAUAGAUAUGCCGGCUGUGGGCCCCACAGACCUCCCUAUAUCCCUGCUGGAGAUGGGUUGCUCUGGCAGGUUUGAGCUCAUCACACAUCCACAUCCCAAUGACCAGCCCCUGCCUCCACAAAGUUCGCUCCCUCAUGGACUCCCUCCCACUAGUGUGAGCCUGGAGACAGAGGUAGAGAAGGGCUUUCUACGCGACCCUGCCUGGCUUCCCAUUCACGAUACCGACGCUGCCUUCCAUAGGUUUCUGAAGCUGGCUGAGAGAGAUGUUCAUAUAGACUCUCUUCUCCAUUGUGCUCUGUCUCCUCUGCACUCUGGCAUCUCAGUAGUCAGAGAUCCAACAACAGGAAUGUUGUUGGACUUCACUGAGGUGUUACUGGGGGACACAGGCAUCUCUGCUAAGAAUUCUAUGUCCCUGCAACGUCCACCAAACCCUAAUCCCUCUGAGAGCCUACGAGGAAGCAACACCAACUACCCGUUUUUGCCCGGUGGUAUGGAGGAGCUGACACUGGAACAAAUCAAGAAGAAAUCCGAGCUGGAGGAGGACAUAGACUUUGAGAAAGAGUUACUCACAGUGCCCCCUGGACUGAAAGUUGGGAUGGACUUCAGUGACAAAGAUGCCAAAACCACAAAGGGAGAAAUCAAUCUCCUGUCCCUCCUGUCCACCUUUGAUGACAUCAUAGACUCCCAGCCUGAGGCAGAGGAGAAGGAGAAGGGCCACGGAAGUGGAAAUGCACCCAAACUGCCCAGAACCAACAGCCUGGAAGACCUGGGGAUCAAGGACUCUCCCUCUACACCUGGGACCACCUCUACAGAGAAGAAAGAUGGAGGAACGACCAAACCAGCAGGGGACCAGGAGGAGAAGAAGAGAUGGGCAAUCCCAAUAAACAUCACCUCCCCCUGCGGUGACUUCUACAAACGUAUCCCUAACCCUGCCUUCAAGUAUCCCUUUGAGUUGGACGUGUUCCAGAAGCAGGCAGUAUUGAGGCUGGAGGCCCAUGAGUCUGUGUUCGUGGCAGCUCACACAUCAGCAGGCAAAACCGUGGUGGCAGAAUACGCCAUAGCACUCUCACAGAAGCACAUGACCAGGACCAUCUACACCUCCCCCAUCAAGGCGCUGUCCAAUCAGAAGUUCCGGGACUUCAAGACCACCUUUGGGGACGUGGGGCUGCUGACCGGGGACGUCCAGCUGAGUCCUGAAGCCUCCUGUCUCAUCAUGACCACUGAGAUAUUGAGGUCCAUGCUCUAUAACGGUUCGGAGGUCAUCAGAGAUUUAGAGUGGGUGAUCUUUGACGAGGUUCACUACAUCAAUGAUGCUGAGAGAGGAGUGGUGUGGGAGGAGGUUCUGAUCAUGUUACCUGACCACGUCAGCAUUAUUCUUCUGAGUGCCACUGUCCCCAACGCUGUGGAGUUCAGUGAGUGGAUCGGACGCAUUAAAAAGAAGCACAUCUAUGUGAUCAGCACAGCGAAGAGACCUGUGCCUCUGGAGCACUACCUGUACACAGGCAACAGCACCAAGACCCAGAAGGAGAUGUUCCUACUGCUGGACCCUACGGGCAACUUCCAAACCAAAGGGUACUACGCUGCUAUAGAUGCCAAAAAGGAACGCACCAGUAAACACACACAGUCUUUUGGGACGAAAAAUCCAUCUCAGAACACUACAGCUAGUCAGGACCGGGCAGUGUGGCUUUCCCUCCUCCACUUCCUGUCCCAGCGCCAGCAGACCCCCGUGGUGGCGUUCACCUUCUCCAGAACGCGCUGCGACGACAACGCCCGCUCUCUAGCCUCCAUGGACCUCACCAGCUCAGUGGAGAAGAGUGAGAUCCACUCCUUUUUCCAGAAGAGCCUGAGACGCCUCAGGGGAGGGGACCGCCAGCUGCCCCAGAUCCUGUUGAUAAGGGACCUACUGAAGAGGGGUAUCGGUGUGCAUCACAGUGGCAUCCUGCCAAUUAUGAAGGAGGUCAUUGAGAUGCUGUUCUCGCGGGGGCUAGUAAAGGUUCUGUUUGCCACUGAGACGUUUGCUAUGGGAGUGAACAUGCCUGCGAGGACAGUGGUGUUUGACAGCAUACGGAAGCACGAUGGCACCGGCUUCAGAAACCUUCUGCCUGGUGAGUAUAUCCAGAUGGCUGGUAGAGCGGGUAGGAGAGGUCUGGACGCCACAGGCACUGUCAUCAUCCUCUGCAAGUCAGGGGUACAUGACAUGGGGGACCUAAAUGUCAUGAUGCUGGUAAGGCUUCCAUCAGAAUGUACUGUCUUCUUCCAUUCAAUACCACUACAUCGGUGGACCACUGGUGGUCUGUGGUACAUUUUCUUUUUUUAAAUGUAUUUUUGUGAUGAACCUUAUAUAAUUUUUUGGUUGACAGGACAAACCAAAACCAACAGACAUUAAACACAUACACAUGUAACCCCCCCAUCCCCCUCCCCUUCCCACCUGCAGGACCUGGUUACUUGAGUGCAUAUAUCAAAGUACUGAUUUUAAACUGUUGAGUGUUGUAGUCCACAUGCUAAUAUUUUCAAAUUUUGCACCAUGCGGUCGAGAGAUUGACAGUUUAAGUUGUGCGAUGUCCAUGAAUGAGGAAAUCCGUUGCUGAUGUGGCAGAGUGUGUGGGGCUUGCCAUCGUAAUGCAACCAUUCUCUUGGCUGCUGUUAAGCCGGCAAGCCAAAUCCUUCUUUGCCUGUAUGUUAGGUUCAGUGAAGUCAUCAUUAAGCAGUAGCACAUUGGAAAGACUGGGGAUGGAUUUAGACAAAAUGCUUGAUAAUGAUGAAGCCACAGAUUUGCCAAAAGGAAAGAAUUUCUGGGAACUCCCAGACCAUAUGAGUGAAGGUGCCAGGACUCGUACCAUGGGGGAAGAGCAUACAGACGGGGGUUGAAUUUAUGUUCAUUUGAAAAAGAGUCUCUUAACUCGUAUGCCAAAUGGUAGUGGGUAAUUUGGUGAUUUGUGUUUCUUGAUGAGAAUGUUAAUGUUGUACCUGACUGUACUCUGUCGUGGAAAUUUCCUCUAUUUACCUAAUCAUGA